CGUCGCAAAGCUCCAAUUUCCAGACUUUCCGUCAUUAUACACGACCCACAAUGGACGAGAAGGAAGAGACCAACGAGCCUCUCGACCUCGUGCGACUCUGCAUCGAUGAAGUCGUCAUUGUAAAACUGCGCGGCGAUCGCGAAUUAAAGGGAAGACUGCAUGCGUACGACUCCCAUUGCAAUCUCGUUCUCGGAGACGUCGAAGAGACGAUAUUCGUAGCGGAGGAGGAAGACGAGGACCAGGAGCCCCGCGUACGGACGGUCAAGAAGCAAAGCGAGAUGUUAUUCGUGCGAGGUGACUCAGUGGUCUUAAUCGCGCCGGCAGAGGGAACUUCGCAGUAAACUCCACUGUUUGAGUCCUGGCAGGAGCAGCGUACUUGCCCCAAGGAAGAAAUACAUCGGCAGAUGGGACGAUGGUCAGAGGAACGCCGGUACAUGGUUAUGGUCACAAAUGAGAUACCCGAAAGAGAAAAGGCGCAACAAAUGCAAAAGGUGGAGCGGACUGUCCAAUUGGCAGUGCAUCAGACGAGGCAUAUUGGCGCAACAUCUGAAGCACGAUCGAAGGCGAAUUGGAUUAUGGCUUCAAAAAAUAUGUGUGAAAAGAUCCAAUAAUAAGACCGAUUCUCGUCCAC